CUCACCACAUGUAUACUUUUCUUCCUCCUCUUUUCGCUCCACUUUGCUUACUUUAACACAUCAAACAAACACACACACACACACAUGCACACACACAAAAAGCCUCUUCUUGGUUUGAAUCUGAUACCUCAUACACCAACAACAAUGGAGUCUCUAAAUCUGUUUAUCUCUCUCUUUCUGUUCUCAUUCUUAUGUUUCUUCUCAGGUGCUGAAUCGGAUCAUCUUCAACAUAGUAACUCAAAGAGCUUGAGACCGAACAGGCUGUUCGUGUUCGGAGAUUCCUAUGCAGAUACAGGAAACAUAAGGAAGUCUCUCUCCGAUUCUUGGAAAAUUCCUUACGGCAUCACUUUCCCACAAAAACCCUCCGGUCGUUUCUCGGAUGGCCGUGUCGCCACCGAUUUUCUAGCAAGAUACUUGGGGAUUAAGUCACCGAUCCCAUACACGUGGAAGGAUUACGCAGGAAAGGAACGGCUAUUGUACGGGAUGAAUUAUGCAUACGGAGGAACAGGAGUGUUUAAGACUAAAGAUAAUCCAUUGCCAAACAUGACAACUCAGAUUGAUUAUUUUGAACGCAUCCUUACCGCCGGCAAUAUCUACUCUCCCUCCCAUCUCCCAUCUUCCCUCGCUCUCGUCAGCGUCGCCGGCAACGACUAUGCCACUUUCAUGGCCCUAAAACGCCCACUGACCGAGUUACCGGCAUUCAUGCAGCAAGUCGUUGGUCAAAUUGAGGUAAACGCGAGACGCAUCCACAAGUUAGGAGUGAAGAAGAUAGCGAUUACUUCAAUGCAGCCACUCGGAUGCCUCCCUAGCAUCACCGUCUUUACCUCAUUCCAACGUUGCAACGCCACAGAUAACAUAUCAACGAAUCUUCACAACUAUUUGUUGCAUAAAGCCGUCGCCAGGCUUAACAAUGAGACCAAGCCCUCCACUUNAGGAAGUUUGGAUUUAAGACGAAGAGAGUUUUCAAGUCAAGCGCUCGCUGGUUAUAUGGUGCAUAUUAUAAGGAUCGUUGAAGUCAUGGAUAAAAGCAAUUGGUUAUAA